AAUUGGAACGGCCCGAAAGGGGUUCGGCGGCGCUCGCCCGCCCCAGCAGCAAAUUCCCGGCGCUCGCGGCCGGCGCCGCCCCGCAGGAAUUCUCCUGUUGGCUGCGGCGGCGACCGUUCCUUAACUGUUCGUCCACCCCUCGGGGAAAGCGGCCGCGCGUAUAAAGCGGCCCCCAUCUGCAGGGGGCGCAUUCACAGAACCCACGGUUCCAGUCAUACGGAGAACCAUCACGAUAAGCACACCACCACAACUACUACGGAGCACCCUUCCACUGACAAACAUCACGCUUCCCAUCACUCCAGCAGUCAUGUGGUCGAACAUCCCGAACCCACCACCAGCCACUCCGUGACCGUGCACAAGAAACCCCACAGCGACCACCACGCCACGGUGCAGCACGACGACAAACACACCACAGAACACCCCACCCACGCCACCGAACACCACACCAGCAGUCAU